AUGCACCCAUAUAUGAAACAAGGCAGGCGCAGGUGUCAGAUCCAGAGUCAGAGGCACAGUCAUCGACCAGUUGGGUUGGGUGAGAUACCAUCGUACUUAAGGCCGUACGUUGUAGGCGCACAAAAUGUCAAAGGAGACGGUAACUGUGGAUUUCGAGCUACCGCUGUAGCUUUAGGGCUAGAUGAGGAGAUGGGUGCAGAGUGGGUUUGUACGCAGAUGCUCGCGGAGUUUGAAUCUGACCUCGAUGGGUACAUGCAAAUGUUUGGGCAAACAGAGGGCAACCGAAUGUUGUCGGCGCUGCGAACAUCUUAUUAUGGAAUAAGCCGGCCCAUAGAUCAUUGGAUGAGUAAAGUGUGGUUCCAUAUCCUCCUGGCCAAUAAGCUGGGUAUAAUAGUCAAUUGCGUUAGCCUACGUGACCCCCGCACAGUAUUUCCGAUGCAUCAUGGCUUAGAUCAGCUGUUAUUCAAACAACCGAUAAGUAGUGCUCUCAUAAACGACGAAACCCAUUUUGUUGCAGUGAAAUUAGCAGGCAACUACCCAAUGGCCUACAAGAAUCCGGAAUGGGAAUUUCACGCAACCGAUCCUGCACGUCGACUAGCAUUAACGUACGCAAAUCAAGAAGAUGCGUAUCAAAAUUGGUUGUACGCAAACAUACCAAGAAUACCACCAGGCCCUCCUAUUCUAAUAAAUGAUUAA